CAUAUCAUUCACUCGGAACUCCAAAGUUUGUUUUUCAUGUACCAGUAAAGGAAGACUACUCAAUGUUUUUUCUAUCUCACUAAAUGGGGUUAGUAGUGGCACAACUUUUACUAAAUGGGGUCAAAAAACAGAAAUCCCAUUAAAUGGGGUGAAAGCUGUCAAAGAACUGAAAAUUGGCGGUCAAAAUGGAAUUCACUCCAAGUAAUAAUUAGAGCCUGGUAAACAUGUUCUUUCUGCAUUCUGUCUACGGCAAAACUGACCCACCUGCAGGACUCGACUAGGCUCUACAGCCAAACAGUUGGACAACCACGCAUAUGAACACAAGGUGAUGGACAUAUUCACUUCCCUUAGCCAAUGGGCCAUGGUUCAUGUGUGGUGUACGGUGUACCAGAAGAUAAGAGGUUACCUAGAAACAAUAUACAUGGAGCUUUGUUCCAGUAAGACUGCUUCUCUCUCUCCAUGUAAGAAGCCAAGGAGGUCACACAACAAGCAUGGCAGAGAAGAGCUUUGUGCUAAUCCUAACGGUUGAUCUGGAUUGCCGCCCAUGCUACAAGAAGAUCCGCAAGAUCCUCUGCAAACUCCAAGAUAAGGAGAGGAUCAGGACCAUCUCCUACGACAACGGCAGCAAGACGAUCGCGGUGGUCGGGCCCUUCGACCCUCACCGGCUCUCAUGCAAGAUCCGGUGCAUGGCCGGCAAGGUGAUCAAGGGCGUCGAGAUCAUCACGCCGGAAAGCGGCGGGCCGCUACCUCAAAUGGAAGGGCCCCCACAGCCGCAACCAGUGAACAACGGCAACGGCAAGAAGAAGCACAAGGAGAAACCAAGGGAGACAGAACCUCCUCCGCCGCCGCCGCAGCAGCAGCCCGUGGAGCAACCGCCGCCGCCGAUGCAACACGAGCACGAGCAGCCGCCACCGCCGAUGCAGCACGGCCCACCGGACAGCCACAUAGCGGCGGGGAUGCCGGCGAUGGUCGAGGAGAUGCACCCGGGGGCGGGGGAGAGGCCCGCCAUGCUGGAGUCCGAGCCGCCGAUUGAGAUCCCGCCGCUGCCCGCCGCGCCGCCGCCGGAGAUGGAGGAGAAGAUGAGGCCCAGGGAGAGGCUGCAGCCGCGGCCCAUUAAGUCCGCUUGGGGCCCACCUAUCGACGUGGGCCUGGGCCCGCCGGCGUCAGCGAUGGUGGAGAUCCCGUCGUGGCCGGCGGCGCCGAUGGCGCCCUGCGGCUGCCCGUGCUACCAGGGGUACUACGAGGGGUGCAGGUGCGCCGGCUGCGGCAGGGUGUACGGCUACGCCGUCACCGCCGUGCCCGCGCCGUCGGGGUGCUACGGGGGCGGCGGGUACAGGCCGCUGUUCGUCGAGGAGGAUCCCUCGAGCGCCUGCGCCGUCAUGUGAAGUGAAUCCGAUUCUAUUCGUCUCGACAUUUUGGGGGGCAUCUUUUGGUGUGGUGGGGAAUUUUCAGUAUCGAUGCCCAUCCUUUUUAUUCCUUUGGCCUUUUGAUUUCUUUCGUUUUCUUCUUUUUUCUUCGGAGAGCCCGGAGAAUAUAUUAAUGCCUUGCGUUAAGUGAGUUGAUAUAUACGCUUGUGCAGAAAAUUAAUCUUCGCUUUGUAAACUCUGUGACAUGCUUUACCAUACCUUUGCACC